AUGGCGACACGGCAGAAUCUUGCGGCCCUUCGGGUGCUGGUUAUCGACGUGAUUGAUAUGGACACAAUUGAUGUCACCAACCUCAAUAGGCAGUUUCUUUUCAGUGAGAGUGAUGUGGGUAAGGCCAAGGCCUCGGUGGCUGCUGAAUUUGUAAAUAAGCGAGUGCCCGGAGUGAAGGUUGUUCCGCAUGUGUCGGCAAUUCAAGAUAUGAGUGAUGAUUUUUAUGAGAGGUUUAACAUUGUUAUUUGUGGCCUCGAUAGCGUCGAGGCUCGUCGCUGGAUCAAUGCCAAGAUCGUCGGGCUAGUGGACGACAACGACCCAACCACUAUACGGCCGUUGAUAGAUGGCGGCACUGAAGGACUGCGUGGACAAGUUCGAGUGAUUUUGCCCACAAUCACUGCAUGCUACGAGUGCUCUUUAGACAUGAUUGCUCCGCAAAAGACUUAUCCACUGUGCACGAUCGCAGCUACCCCGCGGUUACCUGAGCAUUGCAUCGAAUGGGCGUUGGUUGUGGGGUGGCCCCAGUGGCACUCUGAGCUAUUUGAUGCCGACCGCCCAGACCAUAUGCAGGAGAUGUAUGAAAGAGCUUUAGAGAGAGCAAAAGAGCAUUGCAUUUCAGGCGUCACGCUCAGCCUGACCCAAGGCGUCGUCAAGCACAUUAUUCCAGCCAUUGCGUCCACUAAUGCGAUAGUUGCCUCUGCAUGCUGUACUGAAGCGUUCAAACUCGCGACUGCAAUUGCCCCGCCACUUGACAAUUAUAUGACUUAUGCGGGGAACGAUGGCGCCCACGCAUACCCGUUCUCACUUGACGCUCGUCCAGACUGCCCGGUUUGCGGAGGGGAAGCGCUGAGGGUUGAUUUAGCUAAAUCUGCAACCUUAUCUGACCUUCUUGAAUCUAUUGCAGUACAGGCUCCCAAAGCAUCUAUUUCGGCGGCAAGUGGUCCAUUGUACAUGCGAAAUCCACCUGUUUUAGAAAAAGCUACCAGGGCAAAUUUGACUAAACCUCUUUCUGAGCUAUUCGAGUCGGGAUCAGAGCUUGUGGUUACUGAUGCCACAUUGCCGUUUAGUCUGCGGGUGACAGUUCGGUUUUCACAAGACGAUCACCGGUGA